CCAUCCCUAACUUCUGGCCCAGACGCUGUAAUUACAGGUUGUCGCACGCUGCCCAGGGCCGUCUUUAGCGGUCUGCUGGCCUAAUUUCCAGGCCUCCUUCAGGAGUUCUUAACGCUUGCCCCCCCUAAACGGAGUGUUCUCGUGUUAGUGAGCCCAGCUCCGUUCAAAUUCAACAACCUCUCUUCUCUCGUCUGGUCUGGCUCCUCUUUUCCUCAUGCACAUCCUCUUGCCGACUCUUCAACGCCGCCACAACCAUCCCAACACGGAUCAAGACCUCUCUGAAGCGCCAGACUGCCCCGACCCUCAAUCUACCCAUCCUCUACUCGAGAGGUCUUCUUCAUCAUCUACUCGACAGUUCCUCAGACCAUCCAGCCGUUUCCCAGUUACUGACAGGCUUCGAAACAAGCAGCAUAUCGAUCUUUUUACCGUCGCUGUCGUUCUAACGAAAACCCUCCACCGUUCAUCGUCGUCAUACGCACCGCAAGUCCAAAGCCCUGAGACCACACAGCACACACAAGACUCGGCGCUUACCGCCUACGGCGUGGAUGUUGAUUAUCCCUUGAUUCUUCAUCUACAUUUUGACAUCGCUUUUUACGCAUCUUGUCUUGUCUGCUUUUCUGGUCCUUGACCUCGCAUAUAGCAUUGAGCGUACUGUUGAGCGAUCUUGUCGUGAACAGGGCCGGGCCCAGUCUAUCCCAGGCAAAGCCCGCAAACACCACUUAAACCCAUCAACCCAACCACUCCCAUCAAUUCUACAACACCCAUCUCUAUCGACACAAUAAACACCCUCUCAGCUUCACAAUGGCUUCAAUUUCGCCUCUCAGCACUGCUAUCGUUCCUUCUGGAGCGUCAUCAAAUGGCGGCAGUGUCUCACCCCAACAGACAUCGACACCCAAGAACGUCGCAUUUGAGCUAUUGUUUCUCGAAUCCCCCCAUUGCCGUGCGCGCUUGCCAAUGCGAGUGCAGAUAUACCCCCACGACACAACGGACUCCAUUGUCACUACCGUGAAGAACUUUUAUGGUCUGUACUCGGGUCCGACCGGGUCAAAGGGAGUCAGUUUCGAAGAUGAUCUUGGGAACACUCUAAUUGCCCGGUACGAGAACUUUCGAAACAAUAUGGUAGUAUACGUCAGGGUUAUAGAGGAACCUCCGGCGAAUGCAACUGCGUAUUCUCCCCACCCUUACCAUAACUCAUCAGUUGGCACCCACCCUUACUACAGCGACAAUGGCUAUACUGCCACUCAGGCUCAGCGCUUACCCCAAGAGUUGUCCAGGCCCAGCUCUCGGACAUCACGGAGACGAAGCCCAUCCCCCAACACUGCUCGUGGCCGAAGAAGUGCUUCUGCCAGCACAAAUGGGAAGAAGGGCCGUUCUCGCUCCUCCAAGACCCGAGCUUCUGCCUCUCGGAGUCAUACCGAACUAUACAGCGACAGUAUAAACGGCUAUAGCAGCAAUGAUGAGCAUGACUCGACAUCUGGAAAGAACAAGGACCAACUACCUACUACUGAUAUCAGUGUCGAGAACAUUGUUGAAGGUGGCCGUCGUAAAAGGGCCAAGUUCGAAAGCUCGGAACUUCCAUUGUUCGCACCACCCCAGAUGCCUGCGGCGACAUCGAAUCCUUCCGUAUCUCCUGCUCGCCGAGCUGAGCCUCAUCGGCCCGCAAUGCCGUUCGUGCAGCCUCAUCAAAAUCCCUUCAUAAACCCUCGCCCUAUGCAGUCGCCCCAAGGCUAUUCACAUGGCAUCACACAUCCCAAUCUCUACUCAACCCCGGGACCCGAUCGCCGAAACCGAAACAGUGGCGGAUAUACCAGUAGCGCCAUGGGAAUCCUUCCUACUCCCGACCCAACUAUUGGCAGUUGUGUGUCUGAGGAGGACAAGGAUGUUGCUAUCCAGCUGAUGCGACUUGGUGACAUGUCCAACGUCUCCCACGGCCGAACCUCUGCUUCUACUCUCGAUGAUACAUUCAGUGGCAGAGCUGAUGCUGCUUCCUCGACUGGAGCUACUAGUGAUGGCGAAAGCGAGAGUGAGACCGAAUUGCCUCCUGCGCGACGCCAGAAGCUAGAUAUUUCCAGCACUGCUGGCAAUGUCUAUCAGACCACCGAGUCACACUUCAUGCCACCCCCUGAAAGCGCCGAAGUUAGUGGAGACGAUGCUGACUAUGAGGAUGGCGCUGACGAGUCUCUGCUCUCGACUGGCAAGAGCAAGCCUGGCAAGACUCAGAAAGCCCCUGCUAAACCUAAGGCAUCUGCCUCUGUUUCUAAAGCACCAUCGGCCAAGUCCUCCAAGGCUCCCCGUCCCUCUAAUGGCGUCAAGGGCAAGAAGCUGCCCCCUGUCCCAAGUGGCCCAAUGUCGCCAGCUUCUAUGCCCCCUUCGCGAAAGCAAUCCAUUGCGUCUACCGGACAAACUCCACUUGCCCCUGGCGAGGAUGACCAGCCUGAUCUUUCCACCAAGCCUCGCUGCCAACGCUGCAGAAAGAGCAAGAAGGGGUGUGAUCGCCAAAGGCCUUGUGGACGUUGUCGUGAUGCUGGCCUGUCGGCAGACCAGUGCAUUAGUGAGGAUGAAGGCAACGGCCGAAAGGGUCGAUACGGUCGUCACAUGGGAGUGCCCAUCAAGAAGGAUGAGGUCACCGCCGUUGUCCAACCUGCGCUAUUACCCGCUGCACCCAUCGCGGCUGCUGCCAUGACAAUGGAUAAGUCCAAGAAGCGCAAGCGAUAAGCGCCUGGCUUCAGUCACACCGCCUGAAGGUUUUCAAUAUUGUUGUAUAUACUGGUCUUUGAGCUUUGACACAACAGUUUUACUGGCGUCGUUGUCGGCUUACUUGUCAUCUUUGUCGAUGUGGCAUGAAUGACUUGUACAAAUCUUCCCAAUGGGUCCCAACGGUUUACCAACAAAUGGGCCAUGCACUCAAAUGUUUUCUUUUUAUGUUUUCCCUGGUUCUUCUAGCUUGCAGGCGAGAGGGCAGCACUCAUGAUGAUACUCAGGAGGAUGUAAUAAUGACGGCCGUUCGGCCAUUACUCUCCUUAUACGGCGUUUCGAGGCAAGAUGUAGGAGUUGUCGAGUGUCUUUUUUUUUUCUUUAACAAAAAAUAUUUUUCCUCCGAUUCAACAUUGUUUUGGUUGCCUCCAGGCUCAGCGAGGUUGACGUUCAGCCGCGUCUGAAUCGCGAUGGACUUAUGGGCAGCAGUUCCAUCAGGCAAACCACUCAGAAAAGGUGCGAUACGGUGGGGAACAAGGGGCAUGGUGCUUGGAAAAUCUCCCAAGGUUUAGAAGGCAGGACAGGAACGGUAUAUGGAAGGUUUAUCGUGUGUGUGCUUGAGGCGCAUUCUGAUCGAGAUGCAUGACUAAAAAGGGAUGCUGUCUGGAUGCCACACCGACCGCGCAAAGGAACGGGUUAAUGUGGCAAAAGGCCAAAUGUUUCCGAUAUGUUAUUCUGUUUUCUAGCGACUUUUCUAUAUCUUGUUGUACGCAACUAACUUCAUACAACAUGCCUGAGAUUAAUUAGGU